AAAUUCUAUUCUAGGUGGCGGUGGAUGGAUGGAUGGCGCACGUUGUUUACAUCAUUCUAUAGAGUGUUGUGUUAUGAAUUUGAUUCUUGGUCUGUAUUUGUGCCGUGUCAAGUGUUCGUACCUUCGAGAUUACCAAAAACAAACUAAAGAUUUCAAUGGGGCAUUUGCUCCGUGUGGGGGUCUUCCACCGUUUAUCCAAGUUGCUUCUUAAAUGGGGUCCAGCAGACAGUGCGAGACACAUAUACCACAUUUCGAGAUUUCUUUCAUCUCAGAAUUCAAACAAUGAAGAAGAUCCUAAAACUGAAAAUAAAGUGACGUCUUUAACGUCUGUAGAAAGUCGAUUUUACAAAGAUUUAAGUAAAUUUGAAAAUGAUAGCAAAAUAUCUUUACCUCGAUCUCCUGUUAAAUCAGAAGACUUUGUAGCAGGUCCUCAAGAUGAUCCGGAUACUUUUGGGACACUGGAGAAAACAAAUCCUUAUCUUGAGAAUUUUAAGGAGGGUUCAGAAGACGAUCAAAGAGAAGACGCUUAUGUAUCAGAGCUGCCAAAUUAUCUUCCUCAAAAAGAAUAUGUCAAAAGAAUCAAAAAGCUCUUGGCGCAGAGACGUUUUGCUGAUGCUUUAGAUGUACUGCAAGUAACUAUGAUAAAGCAUGAUCGGUUAAAACCAUCAUAUUACAUUUAUGCACUCCUUAUCAGUUAUUGUGGGCAGACAGGCUAUUCUAAAAUGGCCUUCAAACUUUUUAAUGAUAUGAAGAAAAGAGGUCUAAAUGUGCCCGCAAGUAUUUACACAUCUCUUUUCAACUCUUUUUCAAACAGUCCUUACCCAUCAGAUGGUUUGAAACGAACCCGUCAUUUAUUUUCAUCGAUGAUUGAGAAAGGCAUUCCACCAAAUGAAAUCACUUGUCAUGCUGUGAUUAAAGCUUUUGCUAAGUGUGAGUCAUUGGAGGAUGCUUUCAAAGUUGCUGACUACAUGAUGAGCAGGAAAAUGGUUCUCACAGGUGCCACCAUGAGCAACCUUCUUCUUGCCUGUAGAGCUGACAGGGAAGCAGGUUUCCGUCAUGCUCUGUUAGUCUAUAAAAAGAUGGCCCAAUAUCAAAUAAAGCCAGAUCUUUACCAUUUCAAUAUGUUCCUAAAUUGUGUUCGAGACUGUGGUAUUGGUGAUCUUGACUCUACAGUGGACUUGUUUAAAAUGCUUGGAGUGAAGGAUGCUGAUAAACUUACAUCAGGAAAUAUCAAUGUACCUCAGCUGGAUACUGGCUAUGCUUGGGAAGAGAGUGAAUCAGUUUCAGCUGAAACUGCUGCUGGAACAAGCAAGGAGCCUGUAACACAAUUGCCAUUAUCCUCUGAAAGUAAUUCUCCAAUUAAUUUGCAACCAAAUCUCUUUGCAAGGGAACCUACCCUUGGGUGUUUAGUGAGCAUCACUGAGAUAGCUACAUGCCAAGACAGGCUUUUUCUUCUGGGGGGUGUUGAAGGAUUUCUUUCAGAAAUGGCCAGUCAUAAUCUUAAACCUGAUAUUAGAACUGCAAACAUCUUGCUUGAUUGUAGCCCAGAAUCAUGUGUUGCAGAGCAGCACUUGCUUAAGAUCAUUUCCAAACUUGAACUGACACCGGACUUGAUAUUCUUCAACUCAUUGAUACUGCGUAGAAUUAGAAGGCAACAGUAUUCUGAAGCAAAGGAUGUCUUGACCAUGAUUGCACACUAUGGUUUACUGCCAGAUAUGCAAACUUACACAAAUCUUGCAAUGACAUGUCGAAGCAGAAAAGAUGGUUAUGAGCUACUCCAAUCACUGGAUGCUUCAGGUCUCAGGCCAGGUAUAGAAUUCAUGACUGCAAUGAUGGGAUGUGCCACCAUAUGUAAUGACCUGAAAUAUGUCAAACUCGUCCUAGAUGUCAUUGAGUAUGAAGAAAUGGCAGUCAACUCAAGAUUUUUGAAGAAAAUCGAUUCGUUUUAUGAGAAAUGUCAAAAUAUUCUCAGGAUGCGCCCAGCAAAAUUUGCACCCAAGACUCUAGAUGAAAUGAAAAGAUUUUGUAAAACGUAUCCCAAAUGGAAAGAUGAAGUCAAAAUUGAGACUCCAUACCAUCCAUGGCAACAAUUUCGAGAAAAGUACCCUUCAGAAACAGAAGCUGACACAACAUAUCUGGAAAAAUAUGUGGAACCUAAUGCUUUGAAGCACAAAUUUCCACGUCUUGGUCCAACAGCUUCACCCGUUACCCGAAAGGCCAAAUUAAAAAAAUUAAGAGAUGAGAAUCCUGAUAUGUUCCAGCGCAAGGGUGCAGCCAAGAAAAUACUAAGUCAAUUGCAAGGUUUUGAAUCUGUUGUAAUCGAGGGAGAUUCAACCAAAAAUUAGUUUAUUUGAAAGAAAUAAUAAAUGAUGAUAAUUUAGUAUGAUCUUUAA